ACACAGGCUCCGCCCCACGCUGCCCACUCCCGAUACUUCUGCCGCUCGCCUGCGCCCCGGAAGCUGCCCCUGCUCGGGGGUCAUGAUGGGCAGCAAGAUGGCUUCCGCCAGCAGGGUCGUGCAGGUAGUGAAGCCACAUGCUCCAUUAAUAAAGUUCCCUAACAGAAGAGACAGACCUAAACUCAGUGUCUCAGAAGCUUUGGGAUCUGCUGCACUACCCUCCCACUCUUCUGUAAUUUCACAGCAUUCUAAAGGAAGCAUGUCCCCAGAUUUACUGAUGCAUCAGGGGCCACCAGAUACUGCAGAAAUAAUAAAAUCAUUACCUCAGAAAUACAGAAGGAAACCUAUGUCUCAAGAGGAAAUGGAAUUUAUCCAGCGUGGGGGUCCAGAGUGAUCGUCGUGGCUGCUGCUUGUCAACAGACAGAAGGAUUAGCUUUACAAUAAAGGACUUCCACAAUGUUAAAUGAAAAGUCAUAUAUUAAACAACCUUAAUAAAUAUUCUGUAAGCAGGAUGAAGUAUAGAAACUCCAGGUGGUCACUUGUAUCUCCUACGUUAUGUAUCUUGGUCAGCUUCCCCACAAGCUGACCUGUACACUUAUUAAAGUCUACAUUUUUAAAUGCUAGCCUGUUAACUUACUCUUGAUUAUGAAGUGUUCCCAGUGAUGAGCUAUUAAAAGCACAUAGUAGCUAAUAAAGUCCCCUUUUCUGUUUGUUUAGAUGUAAAGAUAAUUUAUGAAGAUAAUUACUGCUAUAAGGAAGUGUUUCCCCUGAAAUUAGAUGAGGAUCAGUGAGAUAUUUCUAUUGUUAAUUCUCUGAUUUUUUUUUUUCAUUUACAAGGUUAUCUGAAUAUAACUGAUGUGACCAUACCUAUUCUAAGUAAUAAAAAUGCAAUUUAAAUAAAAGCUGGCCAUGGGA